GUUGAUUCAGAGAAUGGGUGCCAAAUUGCCGCAGCAGCGCAUCAGAUACAUCUCUGCCAGCUCAACGUUCAACCACUAUGUCUCUUAUCUCCAGCCAGCCUAACACAAGCACUAUGAACAUGUAUGGUCCUCUCGUAACUGACAAGAAGAGAAGUCCUGCAUGUCAACACAACGCCCACGAUCUGAGUUACCCAUGUGAAUGCCCUUCAGCAUCACACCGUGCAUGCCACAAAUCGAGGCUGCGGCGAAUCAUCCUGCCUAUAGCGCUUUCCCUUCUCUCCAUGGGCGCCUUUCUGGUCAUUUCCCACUGCUCGGAAGUUGGCGAUCUGUUAGGAGCACUCGGACUUAAUCACGGUCAUGCAUUGGACAAGCGCCAAACGACGAGUAGCACCUCAAGCUUCACGAGCAAAAAAUUGUACCUAAUUAUUAUUUUUGUUGGCCUUUUCCUCGUCCUUUUAGCGGCUAUAAUGCUCAGUUUCUGGUGCUGUCAAGGUUCGAUCAAACAAUCUUGAAAGCGCUUAUUGCCUCAUGUGUUUGAUACAGGCGCCUUUCAGAAUCCCCUGUGUUGCCCAUGCUACUUGUGUGCAUGUUGUGGUGGCCUCGCAUGUUUGGAGUGUAUUGGCUGUGGCCUCUGCGCAGCUGGCAUUGACGAAGCGCUAUAGAUAAACGCUGCUUUC